AUUUUUAUUUUGACAGGAAGUAGUCCCCAUGACAGUCCCAGGAAUAUGUCGCCUAGUCAACACGGCAACUUCCUGUUCCAGAAUGUCAGGAAGUGCGAUGGAAGACGGUGGUCCUUUGCUUCCCUGCCUUCCUCGGGUUACGGAACAAAUACUCCAGGCAGCUCUAAUGUUUCGUCUCAAUACUCAUCACAAGAACGUCUUCACCAGUACCAGCCACCCCAGGAGGAGUACACCCUCAGUGGGAAUGAGGGGGACGAGGAGGGCAGGAAAUCCCCCCUGUCCCCCCUCCUACGACCCAGGUCCCGAAGUCUCAGCUUAUCCUGGCUUGCACUUGAUAGUCCAAUGGUUUCUCCUGGUGGGGACGAGAUUGUCAUGAUGAACAGUGUUUAUAAGGAACGAUUUCCCAAGGCCACGGCUCAGAUGGAGGAGAAGCUGAAGAAGUUUUUAGAGCAGAACAAGCUGGAGGAGGUGGACUGUGAUGCCAUUACACGGUUCCUGCACCACCAGGUGAUGGAACUUGCUCGCGACUGUCUCCAGAAAUCACAGGACAAACAGAUCACAGGGACCUACUUCUUCGAGCUCUCAGAGAAACUAGAGAAACUACUCAUUGAUGCACAAGAAAGAGAAGAUAUUGCUUACGAGUUUCUGUACCCAGUCAUCAAGAACCUGUAUUUGAUCAUCUCUAGACCCUCAAGAUUACUGGAGUGUUUGGAGUUUGAUCCGGAGAAGUUUUAUCAGCUUCUGGAGGUGGCAGAGGGACAGGCCAAAGAACACAUGAAACGUGACAUUCCGCAAUAUAUCAUCAGUAAACUAGGCCUCAACAGGGACCCACUGGAAGACCUCACUGAUGGUGAUACUGCUAGCUCAGAGCUGGAUUCCUCCAUUACAGAAGAAAUUACACAGAAACGACGGAUAUACAAAUUCCACACUCCUGUUGAGGAAGACUUUGAACUAAUUAAAUUAAUCAGCAAUGGAGCUUAUGCUGCUGUUUAUCUUGUACGCCAUAAAGAAUCUCGACAAAGAUUUGCAAUGAAGAAGAUAUGUAAGCAGAAUUUAAUACUACGCAAUCAGACGGAGCAAGUCUUUACAGAAAGGGACAUUCUAAGCUUCACAGAAAACCCAUUUGUUGUCAGCAUGUAUUGCAGCUUUGAAACCAAGCGCCAUCUAUGUAUGGUUAUGGAGUACGUAGAGGGAGGCGACUGCGCCACGCUGAUCCAUAAGGCUGGUCCCCUACCUUUUGAUUUGGCCAGGAUGUAUUUUGCGGAGACAGUGUUGGCGUUGGAAUAUCUCCACAGCUAUGGAAUUGUUCAUCGUGAUCUCAAACCUGAUAAUCUCUUAAUAACUGCCACUGGCCACAUUAAACUCACAGAUUUUGGGCUUUCAAAAAUAGGACUCAUGAGUUUGACAACAAACCUGUACGAGGGUACGUUAGAACAGGACUGUAAGGAAUUCAGUGAUAAACAAGUGAUUGGUACUCCAGAGUACAUCGCACCCGAGGUCAUACUCAGAAAGGGAUAUGGAAAGCCUGUGGACUGGUGGUCGAUGGGAAUCAUUCUGUAUGAAUUUCUUGUUGGCUGUCCUCCAUUUUUUGGAAGCACCUCCGAGGAGUUAUUUUCUCAAGUUAUUAAUGAGGACCUGGAGUGGCCAGAGGAAGAAGAAUGGCAGGUGAGAGACGACGCCCGCGACCUGAUCACCCAGCUGUUACAGCACAAUCCUAUAAAUAGACUGGGUACCGGCGGGGCUCAGGAGGUCAAGGAACACAUUUUCUUUAUGAACCUAGACUGGGCGGGGCUAUUGAGACAGAAAGCUGAGUUCAUCCCAGAGUUAGAAAGUGAAGAGGACACUAGUUACUUUGAAACUCGUUCAGAGAGAUACAAUCAUGACAUUGAGACGGAGGACACAGAGGAUGACACGGAGGAUCCAUUGUUUCAGAGCUUUGCCUCCUCCUCCCCGCGGUUCUACUACAAAAUAGACGAAAUGAACGAGAGCAAAGAUAAAGAUGACAGAAGAAGGCAUUCCAGUGCUGAUGAAAUGAGAAGACACUCAAGCGCUGAUGAAAUGAGGACACAGCUACUGCAGAAACAGGCGCUGGAGAGAAAAGACUCGAACCAGUCGGAGAGUUCUGACACAUCACUAGAACUACAGCAGCUGAUGAAGAAGGAGAUCAGUAGCGUGGACUCCACAGACACGUGUAAAGCUCAUGACAGCAGUGGAACAAAGGACGAAGAAGUCUUCUCCUCACCUCCAGAACAUACACCUCCAAGAAAGAGCACAUUGGCAAUUUUCUUCAGUACACCACCAAAGAGUCAGAUUCCUAACACAAGCACCCCGGAGACUCCGAAACCCACCCACCGCCACCCCACCACCAGUACCCCGGAAAGUUCAGACAACAGCGACGACGCCAGGAAAAUCUCCAAACGGGAAAUCCUUCCACCCCCAAUAAAAAGCAUCAUCCCUAAACUGGCCAUCUCUUCUGAUGAAGACAAGGACAAAGGUCAAGGGGUUAAAGAGUUAUCUCCUGUUGAUGAAAAGAAAGAAAGGGACAUAGAAUCCAGUUCACUCAGUAGAAAAGUCCUACAGAAAUCUGCCUCAACAACAGCACUGACACUCCUCAUCCAGCCAACAGAUGAGUUUAUAGCGAAGCCCAUGCUGUCUCCCGGAGGGUCAAGCACCAGUUCCAGAGAUGGCUCACCCUCCAGGGAUGUCUCACCUCUAGUCAAGUCUCUCAACCCUCCCAUCAUCAUUAGGAGGGGCCCACGGGGCUAUGGAUUCACACUCAAAACCAUCCGAGUGUAUCAGGGCGAGACCGACGCUUAUACAUUACAACACGUGGUUGUGGCAGUAGAGCAAAACAGUCCAGCUUAUGAGAGUGGAUUACGUCCAGGAAUGUUGAUCACUCAUAUCAACGAUGAACCAGUACAGAGUCUGUUGUACACCAAAGUCAUUCAAAACAUUCUGAAAGGGGGAGAUGUGGUCAGCAUAAAGUGUAUUCCAAUGGAAAGUACGACAAUUAAAAGGGGAGGAAGGCGCAGAGCACAUCCUGGAAAAAUGGUCCGAAAAUCCAACAAGAAAAAAGGAGAUGAAAAAAUCAGAGAAAAAACAAAGGGAAGAUCUAUUCUAAGGAGGCUGAGUUCAAAAUCUAAGAAAAGUGAAUGGUCCACAUCUCCUCUGAUGGUGACAGGUCGAUCCAUUGGUAGUGGAGCUUUCAGUAAGUCUUGGACUUGUGGGGACAGCAGCAGUGGACAGCUUAAGGCCACAAAGUCUUUCCCUGGUGCCAAUCCAUGGUCACCCGAUUCUUCAUUUGGCAAUUCCUCAAAUAGCUCUCCCAAUUCCAGUUCCCCCAAUUCUCCUGCAAGUAAUUCCACAUUUGGCAGGCCAAGUUCGUUACACGGGUUACACCAUAAUAAGCGCACUCACAGCAUCAAAUCACCUCAUCGUCGGAAGUCUGUUCACAACAUCCCAUUGUCUCCCCUGGCUCGUACCCCUUCCCCCUCACCCAUGCCAACCUCUCCCAAUCGCAGUCCCAGUCCCUUAGCAUUUACGCAGAGCCAAGCCAGUGGCCAUCAGAUGGGAAGCUCCAAUAUGCCUCAGCAAACUUAUCCUGCACAUUUGAAUUCCUCCCAGUCCCCCAAUGCAAGCAUUACCAGAAAAACCUCCUUUUCUCGACCAAAGAGUUGUGAGCCUGGUUCCCCCCUCUUAAGGCGUGCCCUAUCACCAGACAGGCUUCACCCUCAUUCUGCAGAAAAAGCUGCUGUUCAGAGGAAGGGGUCACUUCAGGAGAAAAAAAGUCAUCUGUACGAGUCCAUGUGAUUGAUAAGGCUGUUGUUUAUACUGUACAUAGUUAAAAGAUCUUGUUAACUGCUUCUUUUACUCAGUGAGCACAAAGACGCUUUGAAAUUCUCUAACCAACCCUUUAUUGUGAUAUUAUUGACCUGAAUUGUUUUUGUGCAAGUGCUUGUUAAUGAUUAGUACUUCCCCCAUAUAUUUUCAUGUGUGACCAGCUUUUUUCUGUGAUGACCCAUGUAAGAAACCUCCCCAUGCUCAAAACAUGUGCUAAAUCUGAGUUUACUGAUUAGUAGAAUGUGAUAUAUUGUUUAACCAUUGAGAAAUGUUUGUUCACUUAUUAAUUCACUUGAUUCAAUUUAUAUGCAUUCAUAUUCUCCAGUGCUAGAAAUUUUGGGAAGAGUUUCAUUGGGAAGGUUUAGCAUUGCAUACUUAAAAAAAAAAAUAAUUGCAUCUAUGGGAUAAAAUUUAUCAGAACAAUAUUAUUUGGCUGACAGAUGACCAGAAAACAAUCAAAAUGAAAAUGCAUUGGUUUAAAAUCAUUGAAACAUACUGUUUAGUCAUAAACUAUGAAAAAUUUAAGGUAAUUUUAAUUGCAUCAUAGGUUUUUGGUUGUAAAUGCUAGUUUACCAAUUAAUGAGUCUUUUGUAAGAAGUUAGAAAUCUUUUAGAAAAAUGGAACAAGCCUAAUGGAUGAAUUGAUCAGGAUAUUAAUCGUGAACAUACAUAAACAUUCAAUCAGAUUUUGUGUUGACUUACUGAACUGUGAUUUAUUGUUUAAAUACUACUUGGUGCUUUCAUGCAAAUUACAAAUUUGUUUUAUCUUAACCCUCAGAGAAAUUCUUGAUAAUAAAUAUUUUGCAUUAUUAUAAUGCUUUUCUUUUCAAUACAAUAUGACCUAUCAUAAGAGAUAGUGAGGAUCUCAUUCCAAUUCCGUGUAGAAUUUCUCUGAAGAUUAAAGAUUCUACUUUUGUUGUAUAAAUGUCUAAAGACGUAAUAAUGGCAUUCAACCAAUUCAUACUUAACUCAUUAUGUGUAGUGUUAUCAGAAAGUUUUUGUCUGUGACUGAAGGUAAAUGUAAACAUACUGCUUUGAUGUGGAUUUUUAAUACAUACAAAAAGAAUUGAUUUUUUGUUUAAAGUACAUGUACAUGCUUUUGAAGAAGGAUUGAAUUUAUAAAUUCUAUAAACUCAUUAUUUCCAUAUGCUUAUGAAGUAGUGCUAAUUCAUUUUUACUUGUAUUCAGCAGACUUUCAUUAAAGUGUAAAAUUCACUAGAAAUGUAAAUAUGAACACAACACAAAAGCAAAUAUGAAGAUUAUAAAAUUCAUUUUAUCUGGAAUUGAGAUUUCUUCAACAUAUUGAUUACAUAUCAAAAAUUUCAGAUUCUUGAAUUUCAUCUAUAAGAAAAAAAACUUGUCGUUAAAGUCUUGCAGACAAAUACAAGGUUUUCAGUUUGUCCAUUGAUCUCAUGCACAUGUAUAUAAGUAUAUAUAUAUAAUUAAAUGUUAUCCCACUGCCUGUACAAAAGAUAUAGUGUUGAUGAAUGACUAGUUUAUUUGUAUGUAUAGAAUUUGGAUAAGUGAUAUUGCUGUUGUAAUUAUUUUGUUAUACAUAUUAUAUUUCAUGUUUUUUGCUACAAUUUUAUGAAUAUGUAGUUUGUGUUGACUAUUUUUCAUUGAAAGUUGUAAAGUUGGAGUUUUGCAAAAUCUGUUUUUGCUUUUGAGUAGAUCAAAAAUUUAGAUCAUUUCCAAUAAAUAUUUUAUAGACUGAAGAAUUCAAAAUUUUGAGAUUCAAGGUUUUUAAAUGGAGUAAAUACUACAAUUUUUGGUACUUUUUAAGAAAUAGUACAACAUUUAUACACAAGGGACAAAUUCACUCAAUUUUUUUUGGUAAAAGUGUAAACAGUAGUUCAGUGGUGUGCUUUGUUAACAAUACUUGAUGUUUAAAACAUUGCAUUGUAAAGCUGUACAUAAGCAUUGAAAUCCUUUACAACUCGGUAAAAGAAACCAUUUUUAUCAUAUAAUAAAUUUAUAAAAUUGA